CUAGUCCCACUUGGCAGAGGAUGUUCAGAAGUUUGUCACCUCGUGUGAUACAUGUCAACGGAUGAAGAGCAGCAAGCAGAAAAAGGCGGGACUACUGCAGCCUAUUCCUGUCCCAGAACAGCCAUGGCAAGUGGUCAGCCUAGACUUCAUUACCGGGCUACCAACUACCACCAGCGCUCAUGAUGCGAUCCUUGUCCUCAUCGACAAGUUCUCCAAAAUGGGACACUUCAUCCCGGCACACACGACGGCACGCACCGAGGAGACAGCACAACUCUUCGUUCGUUACAUCAUCUCACAACAUGGCAUUCCAACCACACUCAUCUCCGACCGAGACCCCAAGUUCACCUGCAAGUUCUGGAAGGAACUUAUGUCUCUUCUCGGAACCAAAAUUGCCAUGUCAUCCACUUACCAUCCGCAGACAGAUGGACAGACCGAGCGCCUCAACCAAAUUGUGGAGCAACUCCUCCGCGCAGCCUGCAAGGACGACAUCUCCAAAUGGGACUUGAAUCUUCCCGUCCUAGAGUUUGCCUACAACAAUGCUACUCACGCCGCUACUGGACAGACGCCGUUCUUCCUCUGUUACGGACGCCACCCACUCACACCUCAACAGCCAACCAUACCAGCCACAGUCCAAACGGCUCAUGAUUUCAUCACGACCAUGCACAAACUUUGGGAACGGACCCACAAGCGCCUUCUCGAUAUUCAGCAACAACAGAAGCGCCAAGCCGAUCGCCACCGCACAGACCACACCAUCACCGUGGGAGACCGAGUACUACUCGACACGCGCAAUCUUGACAUCAGCCAUCUCCCAUCCAAACCGCGACCUCGCUUCUGCGGACCCUUUCUCUGGCUGGACUAGUAGUGCCGCCCUGGCUUGCUUUAGUCUU